AACACACUGAACAUUGCUGAUGAAAGUUAGAAAAUUGAAAUUCCAUUAAAUUUAAAAUUAAAGUUGCCAAAGUAUCGUAAAGUUUAUCAACUCUAUUUUACAAAGAGUUUGUAUUAUGAACUUUAGAGGCACUGCAUCCGAUGAGGAAUUUGUUAGACAUGUACAAAAUAAUCCAAUACUUUGGGACACGAGAUGUCAGGACUAUAAAGAUUGUAAAGAGAAAGCUCUAGUAUGGGAUGCGGUAGGAAAUGCUUGUGGAAUCACCGGAGAACAAGCCAGAUUGAAAUGGGUAAGCCUACGAGAGAAGUAUCGGAGGGAGAAACUUUACUGGGAAAAUAUAGAGAAAAAUGGAAACUCAAGCAAUGCACCACUCAAAGAAUAUUGGCCUUUAAUGAAAGAUAUGAAAUUUAUAGAUGCCGUAUCAACAAAAAGACAUUCAUAUCGAAAAACAAUGAAAAACGAAAGAAUGGGAUCAACUUCAGGAAUGACACCAUCAUACUCGCCGAAUAUCUCAUUAACAACAUCACCUCAAAACUUUCCAGGAGCCAUGCAAGUUCUCGAGCCACUCGAUAAUAAUGAAGAACAAACUCACUUCCUUAUGAAUAAUUCAUUUAAUGGCGUUGAUGACGACGAUCUAUCAAUGGAUUCUGAUAACGGGUAUAAUUCUUUAGAUAUAAAUAAGACUAAAUAUCAAUCGUUUGGUAUUUAUAUUGGCAAUGAACUCUGUGCUCUUCGCGAUGAAUUUGCGGAAGAGCUACACGAGCGAUUAUUGUCCGAGUUAUUAAAGUUUAAGCGUGAAUUAAGACAAGCUAAAUGCGCGGAGAUGUAAAUAAGCAACAAUACAAAACAAACAAAAAAAGUUAUACAAAAACUGCAACAUAAUGCAAUAAUUUUAUCCCAAAAAUGAAGAUUAUGAAUUCGCAUAAUUAUCACGGCGGCUCCAAAAUAAAGGAAAUAUCAACGAAAAAAAGGAAUAGAUUUUUAAGCGUAAACACGUAUUUCUAUAAUGAGAAAAAAAAUGAAAUGAAAUGAAACCUUAAUUACUCAAUUUUUAGCGAACAAGUAUCAAAGUAUU